AUGUCACCCCUCACCCUCACCCUCACCCUCACCCCCUCCUCAUCAGGACAAUGCCACUUCCCAACCGAGCACCUCGCCCCCUCCGCAGACGCAGACGCAGCCGCAGCCUCACCCGCCUUCAAAUCCAUCUCCGUCGCGCACACCCCCUCCAACACCCAAGCUGCACCCCUCUCCCUCUCCCUCUCACACAUCCUACAAGCAUGGGCGGUCGUCCUGCGGUACUACACCGGCAGCGACGCCAUCUCCUUCGGCCGGGUGGACGACACCGAGCAGUCUGCCACCGGGUCGCGGUUCGCGGUCUGUCAGGGCGAGAUUACAGCAGAUACUGCUCUGGAUGAGUUGCGCGCGUCGGAGACAAGCCCCUCUGAGGCGUCGCAGGGACGGACGCAGACGGAGACGCAGUUGUUGAGUGACUGGGUUGCAUCGAACAGGUCAUUCAACACCCUCGUCUGGAAGACGUCUCUGCAGACGCCUCCGCCGGUGGAUGAGCUGGAGGGGUCGCAUAUCUCGCUGGCGCUCCUUGUCAUCGACUCCGCCCAGCCGCGUGUGACGCUCCUGUACGCGCCCCAUUCUAUCGGGGACAUCAUCGCCGCCGCAGCCGCCGAGGCCAUGGUCAAAGCGAUGGACGCGAUUGCGAACGCGCCACACACCCCCAUCGGAUCGCUGGAUCUCUUCGGCCCGUCGUCGCGCGAACGAAUCGAGGAGUGGAAUGCCGCCGUGCCGCCGACUGUCGGGGCGUGUCUGCACGAGCAGAUCGACGAGACGGCGAGAUGGCGUCCCGCGCAGACGGCGCUGGAGUGCUGGGAUGGGUCUGUGACGUACGCCGAGCUGGCGGACUACAGUUCCCGGCUGGGGAGGGUUCUCGUGUCGCAGGGGGUUGGGCCGGAGGUGUUUGUGCCGGUGUGCUUCGACAAGUCGCUGUGGGCGGUGGUGGCGAUGCUGGGGGUGUUGAAGGCCGGGGGCGCGUUCGUGUGCAUCGAUCCUGCGCAGCCGAUGGAUCGGCUUCGGGCGAUCAUCGGUGAGGUGCAGGCGCAGGUUGCCCUCGCCGCGCCGGAGUAUGAGGGCUUGAUGGCCGGGGAGGGGGUCGCGACGGUGAUCGCCGUCGAUGGGGGGUUCAUUGCGGCGCUUCCCCCCUGUCAUGGCCAGGAUCUGCCGCGUCGCGCGACCCCCCGCGAUGCGGCCUUUGCGAUCUUCACCUCGGGGAGUACCGGUAAGCCGAAGGGCAUUGUCCAUGAGCAUCAGGCCGUGUGUUCGAGUGCGCGAGAGCACAGCCACCGGAUGAACAUGGAUAGCGGGACGCGCAGCUUCCAGUUCGCGGCGUAUACUUUCAUCGUUAAUACGUUUGAGCUGUUCACACCGCUGGUUGUCGGAGGGUGUGUGUGCGUUCCCUCCAAGGAGGAUAGGCUGGCACGGACAACCGGAGCCAUGCGGGAUCUUAGGGCUAAUUGGGCGUGUCUCACGCCGUCGUUCCUCCGCUCCAUCAGCCCGGAGGAUAUCCCCGACGUGAAAACCCUCCUGCUCGCGGGCGAGCCCGUCCAGCAGGAUAACCUCGAUACGUGGCGCAGUCGAGUUCGUCUGCUCAAUAUGUACGGCGCCAGCGAAGCGUCCGUCUGCGUGACGGGGGACCUGUCUGGCCCCGUGGAGCGGACGACCAUCGGUCGAGGCACCGGGGUGUGUGCUUGGGUGGUCGAUGUCGCCGACCACAACCGGUUGGCCCCCAUUGGCGCCACCGGCGAGCUGGCCGUCGAGGGCCCUGUCCUGGCCCGGGGGUACAUCAAUCAGCCCGACAAGACAGCCGCGGCCUUUGUCUCCCACACCCCGUGGCUGGACGACAUCCGCGGGGUGUCGUCCGCCGCGCGUGCCUACAAGACCGGCGACCUGGUCCGGCUUGGCUCAGACGGACGCAUCAACCUGGUUGGCCGCAAGGACAUGCAGAUCAAGCUGCGUGGACAGCGCAUCGAGCUGGAAGAGGUCGAGUUCCACAUCCGCCAGGGCCUGCCGGGGGGCACCGAGGUCAUCGUCGGGUUGGUGAAGCCAGUCGACCAGCCAGACCGGCCGCUGCUGGCCGCGUUCGUGGCCCUGCGGAAAGGCUUCGGGGACGACUUCCACGACGUGGACGCUGAAAGUGCCCGCAUCCUGGACACGAUGACCGCGGACUGGAAGCGCAAGCUUGCGGCCUCGGUCCCCGGGUACAUGGUCCCGUCGACGCUUGUCCAGCUGCACUACAUGCCGGUGAUUGCGUCCGGGAAGCUGAACCGGAAGGCUGUGAACGAAUACGCCUCGCGACGGACGGUGGCCGAGUUGACCGGCGCGAAGGGCAAGGCACAUAGAGAGCCGUCGACGGACACCGGCAGGGCCCUGCGCACGGUCUGGGCGGAGGUGCUGCAGCGGGCAGAAGAGUCGAUCUCUGCCGACGACGACUUCCUGGAACUCGGCGGCAACUCCAUCGAUGUCAUGCGUCUGGUCAACCGCUGCCGAGCGCACGGCAUUGGCCUCAGUGCAGCCGAGGUGUUCACACACCCGGUGCUCGAAGGGAUGGCCGAGGCGUCUUCCACGCCAGACGACCAGGCCCCUUUCGAGGACACGCCCUUCUCGCUUCUGGGCAGGGACCGGGACGGACUCGUUGAAGCCGCCGCCACGCAGUGCCACGUCGCCCCAUCGGCCAUCGAGGACCUGUACCCCUGCACCGCCAUGCAGGAGGGUCUCCUGGCUCUCUCGGACAGCCGCAGCGGGGUGUACACGGCGCAACACACGCUCGUGCUCGACGCGACCAUCGAUCUGGGCCGCUUCAAGCGCGCCUGCCAGGAGGUGGCCGACGCACACCCCAUCCUGCGCACCCGCAUCGUCUACCCGGAGCGAGGGGCCGCCGCCCUGCAGGCCGUCAUCCGUGGCGACCUGGACUGGCACUCCGCCGACGGGCUGGCGAGGUACAUGGCCGAAGACAAGCAGCGGGCCAUGGGGCCGGGCGACGCGCUCACGCGGUACGGCAUCGUGCCGAACGGCGAGGGCUGGAUGUUCGUGUGGACCGCGCAUCACGCGGUGUACGAUGCCUGGACGCUGGAGCUGGUCUUCGACCGGAUCGACCGGGCGUACCGGGGGCAGGCGAUGGGGAAGGACGCCAGUUUCAAGGCGUUCAUGCGGUAUGUGGUCAGCACCGACCGCGACGCCGCGGAUUCGUUCUGGCGGGAGUAUCUGGCCGGGGCGACAGCGACGGAGUUUCCGUGCACCGUGUCCACGGCCAAGAUGCCGGUGUCGGACGCCACGAUCAGGCAUGACAUGGCGCUGGACCCCUCGCAGCGGCUGCCGGGCAUCACGAUGCCGUCUGUCAUCCGCGCCGCCUGGGGAAUCCUGGUCGGGUCGCACUCGGGAUCGGACGAUGUCGUGUUCGGCACCAUCGUCUCUGGUCGCAAUGCCCCCGUGCCGGGCGUGGACCGGCUCGUGGGACCGGGCAUUGCCGCCGUGCCGGUGCGCGUCAACGCCCCCGAGGGCGGCCAGACGGUCCGCGAGUUCCUCACCACGGUGCAGUCGCAGUCCACCCGGAUGAUCGCGUUCGAGCAGACCGGCCUGCAGAACAUCAGCAAGGUCAGCGCGGACGCCGCCUGCGCCUGCGACUUCCAGACGCUGCUCGUGGUGCAGCCUGCCAGGGCACAGCCGGCGGCGGCGACAGAGGCCCCCGACCUGCGCGCGGUCUCCGACGCCGAUGCCAACUUCGGCACGUAUGCCCUAACGCUGGAAUGCUCGCUGCGGCCGCACGGCGUCGGGUUCGCCGCCCAUUUCGACUCCACGCUCAUUUCCGGGGACUACGUCCAGCGGAUCCUCGGCCAGCUGGAGCAUCUGCUGCGGCAGCUGUGCGGCUGCGCGGAUGGCAGGCUGGACGAGCUCUCGUUCAUCAGCCCGCAGGACGAGGAGAGCAUCCGCUCGUGGAACCAGGCCAUCCCGGCCCCGGUCAACCAGACCGUGCACCAGUUGAUCGGGGAACGCAUGGCCGAGCGCCCCAGCCACGAGGCCGUCUGCUCGUGGGACGGCUCGUUCACGUACGCGGAGCUGGACCGCCACUCGGCCCGUCUGGCUCGACGUCUGGCCGCUCUCGAUGUGAGGCCCGAGAGCUUCGUGCCGUGCUGCUUCGAGAAGAGCCGCUGGCCGGUGGUGGCCAUGCUGGGGGUGUUGCGAUCGGGCGGUGCGUUCCUGAACCUCGAUCCCUCGCAGCCCCCCAGUCGCAUGCGGCUGAUGAUCACCAAGCUGCGGUCCACGACGCUCGUCUGCUCGCCCCAGCAGUACGACCUCUGUCGGUCCCUGGGUCCCGGGUACAACAUCGUCGUGCUGUCCGCCGACACUCCCGAGGAGUCGACGGUCGGCCUCCCCCCCUCGGGCGUGACUCCCGACCACGCCGCGUAUGUCAUCUUCACCUCGGGGAGCACCGGCGAGCCCAAGGGGACGGUGGUCCAGCACGGCGCGUACUGCUCCGGGUCCGUCACCCAUGCCCCGACCAUGCUGAUGGACGGCCGGACGCGAGCCCUGCAGUUCGCCUCCUUCACCUUCGAUGCCAGCCUGGUCGAGAUCCUGACCACCCUGGUCGUCGGGGGCUGCGUGUGCAUCGCGUCGGAGGAGCAGCGCAGGCGGGAUGUGACCGAGGCAGUCCGACAGACGAACGCCAACUGGGCGGCCCUGACUCCCUCGUUUGUCAACCUGAUCCGCCCGGACGACGUGCCGUCGCUGGAGACGCUCGUCCUGGCCGGCGAAGCCAUGGGCCAGUCCCACAUCGACACCUGGGCCCGUCGGGUCCGGCUGGUCAACGCCUACGGGCCCAGCGAGUGCUGCGUCUGCAGCACGGCCAACUCGCACGUCACCAGUGCCUCCAGCCCGCGGGACAUCGGCCUCGCCUGCUCGGGCGCCGCGUGGGUGGUGAUGCCGCACGACCACCAUCGCCUGGCGCCCGUCGGCGGCGUCGGCGAGCUGGUCAUGGAGGGAUGGAACGUCGGCCGGGGCUAUCUGGACGAGCCGGCGAAGACCCGCGCGGCCUUCGUGCCGAACCCCCUCUGGCUCAGCCAGGGCGAUGCCACGCGGCCCCCGUCGUCUACAAGACGGGCGAUCUGCCUGAGCUUCCAGCGCCGCAAGGACACCCAGGUCAAGCUGCGCGGGCAGCGCAUCGAGCUGGGCGAGAUCGAAUACCGCCUCAAGCAAAGCCUGCCGGGCCAGCCGGACGCCGUGGUGGACAUUCUCUGCCCGAGGGACGCCGCCGGCCAGCCCCGUCUGGUGGCCUUCCUGCCCGUGGCCGGCGCCGCGCCUGUCUCGGACGCGCAUGCCCUCAUCCCCCGGCCCCACGACCGCCAUGUGGCCGCCGUCUCCGGGCUCGAGGCCCGGCUGGCCGAGUUCCUGCCCAUGCACAUGAUCCCCAGCGCCUACCUGCCGGUGACCCACGUCCCCAAGCUGCCCUCCGGCAAGGCCGACCGCCGGACGCUGAUCCGGUGCGGCGGCGCGUUGACGCACCGCGAGAUGGCGCAAUACGCGGGCGGCGCCGACGAAGUGCGUCCGGCCACCAGCGCGAUGCAGCUGGCCCUGCAGCGGCUCUGGGGCGAGGCCCUGAAGACCCCGGCGGAGCACAUCGGCCUGGACGACCACUUCCUGCGGCUGGGCGGCGACUCGAUCACGGCGAUGCGGCUGGCGUCCGCCGCCCGCGCGCAGGGCAUCCCCCUCUCGACCGCCACCGUGUUCCAGCAUCCAACCCUAACGGCCAUGAGCGCCGUGGCCGAGACGCUCGCGCUCCAGCAGCGGCCCCAGACCUUCGAGCCGUUCUCGUCCCUCCCGGCCAUCCCCCAGGACGAGCUGCUCGCCCAGAUCGUCCUCCCGCAGGUCGACACGCCGCGGGCCAACAUCGCCGACGUGCUCGAGUCGACCGACUUCCAGGCGCUGGCCAUCGGCGGGGGACUCGAGCCGACGCGCGGAUGGAGCAAUUACCUCGUCUUCGACUUUCGCGGGCCGAUCGACCUGCGGCGGCUGCGGCAGGCCUGCGACGCGCUGCUCGCCCACCACGCCAUCCUGCGCACCGUCUUCGUGGGCGCCGGGGCGCAGCUGCUGCAGGUCGUCCUCCGCUCCCUGCGGCCCGAGUACGCCGUGCACGUCCAAGACGACCCGGGCCAGGACCCCUCCGAGGCCCUCGUGCGCGCCGACCUGGCACGGCCCCCGCGCCUCGUCGCCCCCAUCGUGCGCUUCACGCUGAUCAAGAACGGCGCGACCCGGCACCGUCUCCUCAUGCGCAUCUCGCACGCGCAAUACGACGGCGCCUCGAUGCCGCAUCUCCUGCACGACCUCCGCGCCGCCUAUCGCGGGGAUCCCCUGCCCCCACGGCCCCAAUUCGCCACCUUUGUGCGCAUGCAACUCCACUCCCUCGACGCCUCCUCGUCUCUCGCCUUCUACAGACACCUCCUCGCCAACUCAACCAUGACCUCCCUGAUCUCCCACCCUAGCCCCUCCACCCCCACCGUCCUGGACACCAUGAUCGGCGCCACCGUCCCCCUCCUGACGUACAAAUCCCACGGCAUCACCGCCGCCACGGUGAUCAAGGCCGCCUGGGCCCUCACCCUGGCCGAGCUCUCCGCCUCGGCCGACAUCGUGUACGGCCACAUGGUGUCCGGGCGAAACCUCCCCCUGGACGACGUCGAAUCCGUCAUGGGGCCGUGCCUCAACAUCGUCCCCGUGCGCGCAACCCUCGAACCCACGACCACGACCACGACCCUCGACCUCCUCCGCGCCCUGCAGCAGCAGCAAACCGAGACCAUGCCGCAUGAAUCCCUCGGCUUCCGGCAGAUCAUUGACCGGUGCACGGACUGGCCCGCCCACACGAGGUUCAGCUCCGUGUUCCAGUAUCAGGAGUUCGGGGCGGACGCGGCGGCGGAUCCGACGCAGCCGGUCCACAUCGAGCACGGGUUGACCUGUUCCCCCGGCUUCAUCUGUCCCAGCCCGGAUGCCUGUGAUCUGAGUCUUCUGGCGACGCCGGUGGGGGGCCAGGUGCGCGUGGAGAUGAUCUAUUCGCGCCAGGCCAUGAGUGGGGAGUUUGCGGGCGAUGUGCUGAGCAGGUUCUGUGCGGUGGUGGCGGGGAUUGAGGCAGACGGGGUUGAUGGGCGGGUGCCGGGGCCGGAGGAGUUGCGGGGGAGAGAGGCGGUGAUUCCGUUGCCCCAACCCCAUAUACCCCUCCCCAUCCAAAUCCAAAUACCUCACCACCCGGAUCCCCCCUCCUCCCCCUCCACCCCAAAUGACCUCUCCCCAUGGAUGGUCAAAUAUCCCUCCCCGUCGACCGCAAACCCCGUGAGAAGAGCCCCGGCCGGUGCGGCCGCAUUCGCCGUCAAGCCGAUUGGCGCGUUCGCGUGA